GUAGUGGGUGUAAGUGUGUCACAAUUUUCUGUAAUUCAAAACGUUACAAAAACAUGUAAAGCAAGAAAAGUAAGAUUG